GUUUCAUCCACUCCAUCAUGCCCUCAAAGUCCCCGGCACAGACUCUGGCCGAAAAGGCAGACAAGAAGGCAAAUUCCUCUGCAGGCUGGUUUUCCUCUUCCUCAACCAAAUUCGAGGAAGCAGGAGAUUUGUACCAGCAAGCAGCCAACGCUUAUAAGCUCGAGAAGCAGUUCAGGGAGGCUGGCGAUGCCUUCGCUCGCGAGGCCGAGUGCAGAGAGAAGUGCAAGGAGACGAACGAGGCUGCCAAUGCCUGGUGGAACGCAGCAAAGGCAUACAAGCAAGGGCACCCCGAUCUCGCUAUCCAGGCACUGACACAAACAAUCACCCACUACACUCACGCUGGUCGCUUCCGUCAAGCGGCAGAUCGGGAGAAAGAGAUUGGGCAGCUGUAUCAGAAUGAGCUUGGAGACCUGGGCAAGGCUUGUGAAAGUUAUGAGCGAGCUGCGGAAUGGUACUCACAAGAAGAUGCUGGAUCAACCGCAAAUGCAUGCUACAAAGAUGCUGCUGAUCUCCACGCGGACCUUGAGAACUACCCUCAAGCUAUUCAACGAUACGAACAAGUUGCCAACCACUCCCUUGCAUCCCCGUUGACGAAAUACAGUGUCAGAGAGUACUGGUUACGUGCCAGCCUAUGCGCACUUGCUAUGCGCGACACUGUCACUGCCAAACGCAACAUCGCCAAAUACUCAUCGCAGGAUGUGACCUUUACCUCGACGAGAGAAUGUAAAUUCAUCAAUGUCCUGAUUGAGGCGAUGGAAAGUGAAAAUCAGGAAGCGUUUACUGCAGCUGUCGUAGAGUAUGAUCAAGUGACGAGACUGGACAACUGGAAGACAGCAAUUCUUCUCAAGGUCAAGAGAGGCAUCCAGGAGACUGAUGGCGGUAUUCUCUAGAUUAUUCACGAGGACCUUUCAUUUCUGCUUCCGUUCUAGAAGUAAUCUGACGCUUCGAAUCUGCUAGCUGUACGUAUGAUGUAUACUUUGAUAAUACCAAUUGUUGCAAGCUUU